GAUUGUUCUCGCACUCCUGGGCGCUGCAGCUGCAGCACCUAUGGAUGACAAGAUUGUGGGUGGAUUCCAGUGUACAGCCCACUCUCAGCCCUGGCAGGUGUCUAUCAAUCUCGGCUACCACUUCUGCGGCGGCUCCCUCAUCAACGACCAGUGGAUCGUCUCUGCUGCCCACUGCUGGCAAAACCCUUACUCACUGAUUGCCAUUUUGGGUGACAACCACAUCUGGAUGAACGAGGGCACGGAGCAGUUCAUGUCCGUGGACGCCAUCUACUGGCAUCAGAGCUACGACUACCAGACCCUGGACUACGACAUCAUGCUGAUGAAGCUGGCGCACCCCGUCACCGUGAACCAGUACGUGAAGCCCGUCGCUCUGCCCAAAGCCUGCCCUGCAGCCGGGGACAUGUGCAUGGUGUCCGGAUGGGGAAACAUCUACACUGAUCAAGUGUUCAACCCAUUUUACCUCCAGUGUGUGGAAAUCCCCAUCCUUUCUCACAAGGACUGCGAUGGCUCCUACCCCGGCAUGAUCACUGACCGCAUGGUGUGCGCUGGAUACCUGGAGGGAGGAAAGGAUUCUUGUCAGGGUGACUCUGGUGGUCCUCUGGUGUGUAACGGAGAGCUGCAGGGUGUCGUGUCCUGGGGCCAGGGCUGCGCUCAACCCAACUACCCGGGCGUUUACACCAAAGUCUGCUCUCUGACGCCCUGGAUCAACGAUAUUCUCUCCACAUACUCCCCAAGACCCCUGUACUGCAGGAUGAAUCUGACCGUCCCUGUCCUGGACAGGUUCUUUCAUGACCAGGACACACGGCCAGACAGGAGGAAACAGAGGAUGAAGAAGAGGAAGACGGUCCUGAUGAAGACUGAGAUCAGAGUUCAGGUGGAGAGGGGCGGAGUCAGACGCUCCUUCAGAGGAGCCCUGCACAGAUCCACGUCGUUGAGCUUAAUGAUGAUUGGCCUGAUUGUUCUCGCACUCCUGGGCGCUGCAGCUGCAGCACCUAUGGAUGACAAGAUUGUGGGUGGAUUCCAGUGUACAGCCCACUCUCAGCCCUGGCAGGUGUCUAUCAAUCUCGGCUACCACUUCUGCGGCGGCUCCCUCAUCAACGACCAGUGGAUCGUCUCUGCUGCCCACUGCUGGCAAAACCCUUACUCACUGAUUGCCAUUUUGGGUGACAACCACAUCUGGAUGAACGAGGGCACGGAGCAGUUCAUGUCCGUGGACGCCAUCUACUGGCAUCAGAGCUACGACUACCAGACCCUGGACUACGACAUCAUGCUGAUGAAGCUGGCGCACCCCGUCACCGUGAACCAGUACGUGAAGCCUGUCGCUCUGCCCAAAGCCUGCCCUGCAGCCGGGGACAUGUGCAUGGUGUCCGGAUGGGGAAACAUCUACACUGAUCAAGUGUUCAACCCAUUUUACCUCCAGUGUGUGGAAAUCCCCAUCCUUUCUCACAAGGACUGCGAUGGCUCCUACCCCGGCAUGAUCACUGACCGCAUGGUGUGCGCUGGAUACCUGGAGGGAGGAAAGGAUUCUUGUCAGGGUGACUCUGGUGGUCCUCUGGUGUGUAACGGAGAGCUGCAGGGUGUCGUGUCCUGGGGCCAGGGCUGCGCUCAACCCAACUACCCGGGCGUUUACACCAAAGUCUGCUCUCUGACGCCCUGGAUCAACGAUAUUCUCUCCACAUACUCCUAGACUGUGAUCUCCCAUCACAGAACUACAGGAGUGGGGAAAUCAGAGGGAGAUUGAAAUUGAAGGAGACAGGAGGCGGCGGUGGGAAGUGUCGAAGAGAGAGGCAGCGGAAGAGAGGC